AUCUCGACCCCGCGGCGAGGAAGCUCAAAUCGCGUGCCCCGCUUCAAUGUGGUGCUGCCAAAGCCAGAGCUCAAACACUAUCUGUUACGGAGUGGAGCCACGGUUAAACUGAUCGCACACCAAACAUCCGUCUCAUGGGCCGCUAGAAUCUAUCGAGUAUUUUCUGCCCGCGAUCACCUAUUCACCAUGGCGGAAGAGUCGAAGCAGGUCGAUCCGACCCAAGAGAGCGCCGCUCAGGAAGCUGCCGACACGCUCGCCAAAACGACCAGCAAACAGGCGGCCGAAUCGGAGGACGAGUCAGGCUCGGAAGCUGAAGAUGACAUGGCCCCAACAGCGACCGGCGGGGACGGCGAAGGAGCGCCAAAGAAAAAGAAAAAGAAGAGCAAGAAGAAGAAGGUGAAGCAGGCACUGGUCGACGCGCUGGGGCGGGGUGGCAUGACGGCAGCACAAGCCGAGGCAGACCCAAAGAAGGCACUCGAGGGCUUGACACCCCAACAGAUUAGCGAAUUCAUCGCCCUGAACCCGGCCCUGGCUAACGAGCUCCUCGGAGGCGAGGGAUCGUCCGACGCCACCUCCAAUGCCAUCGAAGCGUUCAAGAAGCUCAAACUCCAGGAUAUUAUGACUGGCUUGGCAAGCAGUGGGAAAAAUCGGAAAGACAUGGCGUCGUACAAGUUUUGGAGCACCCAGCCGGUUCCUCAGUUUGGGGAAGAGGAGGAGCCGAAGCUCAUCGAGGAAGGGCCCCUCAAAAUCCAGGAGGUCAAGGAUAUUCCGACAGAACCGCUGUCCCUCGCUCUUGAGCAGUUCCGCUGGGUCACCAUGGACCUCACUAACGACGCGGAGAUGGAGGAGGUCGAAAAGCUACUCUAUGGCCACUACGUGGAGGAUGACGAGGCCAUGUUUCGGUUUAAAUACUCCAACUCGUUGUUGAAGUGGUCUUUGCUAUCACCAGGCUGGAAGAAGGAAUGGCACGUCGGGAUCCGUAGCGGUAACACGCUCUGCGCAUUCAUCUCGGCAAUCCCAACCGAGAUGCGUGUGCGGGACAACGUAGUCCGGAGCUCCGAGGUCAACUUUCUCUGCAUUCACAAGAAGCUGAGAGGCAAGCGGCUCGCGCCUGUCCUCAUCAAGGAAAUCACCCGACGGAUCAAUCUGGAGGGUACUUGGCAAGCCAUUUAUACGGGCGGUAUCGUCCUCCCGCGGCCAGUGAGCACCUGUCGCUACUACCACCGCGCCUUGAACUGGACGAAGCUGUACGAGGUGGGGUUCAGUCCGUGCCCACCAAACAGCAAGCCGAUGUACCAGGCAAGGAAGUACAACGUUUCUGACACCACGUCGACCCGCGGGCUUCGGGAAAUGGAGGCCAAGGAUCUGGAUGCUGUGCAGGACCUUCUCGAGCGGUACCUUAAGCGGUUCGACCUCACCCCGGUGUGGGACAAGGCCGAGAUCGACCACUGGCUACUCCACAAAAAGGAUGCCCCCGGGGAGCAGGUCAUUUGGUCUUACGUUGUUGAGAACGCCGAUGGCAAGAUCACGGACUUCUUCUCCUUUUACUGCCUCGAGUCCUCGGUUAUCCAGUCCCAGAAGUACUCGGCCAUCCGCGCCGCCUACCUGUUCUACUACGCCACGGAUGUCGCAUUCUCCGAGCCGGACGACCGCUCGGCGCUCAAGACGCGGCUAAACGCGCUGAUGGGUGACGCUCUCAUCCUCGCCAAGCGGGCCAACUUCGACGUGUUCAACGCGCUGUCACUAAUGGACAACUCGCUGUUCCUGGAGCAGCAGAAGUUUGGCCCCGGCGACGGCCAGCUGCAUUACUACCUAUUUAACUACAAAGCUAACCCGAUCCACGGCGGAGUCAAUAAGAGGAACCAGCUGGAGGAGGGUGUGUCGAGUGGGGUUGGGUUUGUGAUGCUGUGAAGGAGGUUGUUGCGGGGAGGUGGAAGUGCAGGAUAUUGUGAGAUACCACGAGACAGAGGAACAGGAGCAAUCUGCGCCUGUUGACGAUGAUCUCUACGUAAUAUAUGCCUCAAGCCUGCGCCAUAUAAAUAUACAAUCCCCCACGGUUCUGUAGACACAAUACCCUUUAGCCCUUGUACAAAAGCGCAUACCAGCACACCAACCCCCAAGCACCCCUCUAACC